CUGGUCAGUGAGCGAUUACCAACUUACCUUUAGCCAACCUAGGUCGUUGCUAAUACACACAUCCCAAAAAAACUGCACCCGCGCGCGUUUUGUAGCCUUUGGCUACAGACAGUAGCUAUAACACUUGCCCCACCAUGUACCUAAGCAUUCCAAUUUUCACGCAAGGCUAACGCGCGAGGGCAAGGGAGCUGUUGCAAAUGAGUCGGACGCCGCACUCCAGCUCUUCUCAGGGCUUUCGCCUAAGGCCUCUACCAGUUUUAAUCACCUUAGCCGGAGGUGUGCUGCUAGUACUCAUCUAUACAUCUUAUCACCAGCAACACCGGCUCUCCCAGUCGCUUCACACGGAGCAACGCGGCCGUAGCGACCUAGCCCUAGGCCUGGACUCCUCCUCCUCCAUCUCCUCCUUUAGCUCGCGGCAUGCGCCAGCCGACUGGCACGCGGUGUGGAGAGCCGCCAAGGCCGCGGGCACGGAGCAGGAGUUCAUUUCGGCCAUGGCCCAGAGCGUUCGCGGGGGAGGUGCGGACAACGCGCAGCUGAGCACCAGCGCCGGCGCCUCUCCGGCCUCCUGCCCGCCGCAGCGCGACUGCCCCGCCUGCCCCGCCACCGCCACCACUGACUCCACCCAGCAGCUACCUCACACGCGGCAGCAGCGACCACAGCGCGUGGACCAGCAGGCGGGCGGCGUCACCGGCACCGCCGCCAGCGCCGCCACCGCUGCGGCCUCCAAGGCAGGGGGCAAGGCGGGGGCAAAGACUGACUACAGCGGGACCUACAGCCUAGACGACGACGAGGAGGAGGAAGGCAAGGAGUCGGGCGCGAGCGCGGCCGCGAGCGGCAUCGUGCGGCCCGGCGAGGCCAGCACGGCUGUAGCGCUAUCAAACGGCACGGCUGCAGCAGCACCGGCGGCGGCGGGGGGCAACUGGACGCGGUUUGUGGUGGACGGGCAGUGCCCGCCGGUGAGCAAGGAGCUGGCGGCGGCGGUGGCGCGGCGGCACACGGCGGCCGGUAACGGCGCGGUGAUUGUGACGUGGGCCAACUUUGCGCUGUGGGACUUCGUGCGGACCUGGGUGUUCCACGCCAAGGACGUGGGCCUGUCCAACUUCCUGGUGGGUGCCAUGGACGCCGCCAUCGGCAAGGAGCUGGUGGCUGCGGGCGUGCCGUGUUUCGCCAUGUUCGAGCAGGGCAGCAACCACAGCGGCGUGGGGGCGGACCACCUGCAGUGGGGCGGCGAGGCCUUCCACAAGAUGGGCCGGCAGAAGAUCACUCUGGCGCAGCUGUUCCUGGGUCUGGGUCUGGACCUGCUGCUGGUGGACGUGGACGCAGUGCUGCUGGGGGACGUCAUGUCCUACAUGGACCGCUACCCUCAGGCGGACGUGCUGGUGACGUCGGACCAGCUGGCCUCCACCAUCCCGGCCGGGGACGACGGCCUGGAGGACCCGGACAAGGCGCAGAGCCCCAUGAACAUCGGCUUCAUGUUCUUCCGGCACUCGGACCGCACUGUCAAGUUCGUGGACAGCUGGCUGGCGGCCAUCAAUGCCGACCCCAAGUACUGGGACCAGAACGCCUUCAACGACUUGGCGCGAAUGGGCUGGGCGGAGCCGGGCAAGGGCAUUCGGCGCCACCCCGACCAGCCGCGUGUGUUCCUGGGCGCCAACGGCACUCUGGCGGUGGGCGUGUUGCCGGUGGCCAGCUUCAGCGGCGGACACACCUACUACGUGCAGAGGCUGUACGAGGUCCAGCGCGUGCAGCCGUACGCGGUGCACUGCACCUUCCAGUACGGCGCCAACCCGGGCAAGCGCAACCGGCUGCGUGAGGCGCGGCUGUUCCACGACCCGCCCUCGUACUACACAGACGACACGUAUGUGAGUGUGGAGCUGCGGCGUGUGCCCUCCGCCACCUGGGCUGACCACAGCGCCAAGAACAACAGCGCCAUGAAGAGGUACCACUUCAGAGGCCUGGACAUGCAGCUGGACAGCGUGUGGCCGGCUGUGCGUGUGGCUGCGGUCACCAACCGCUCCCUCAUUGUGCCCAAGCUGGCUUGCUACUGCGACAAGUACUGGACGGAGCUGGACAAGUGCCGUGUGCCGGGCGCGGGCCAGACUCGUCUGCCGUACCUGUGCCCCAUGGACCACGUGCUGGACCCCAUCUUCAUGGACGACCCCGCCAGCCCCUGGGCGCUGAGGUGGCGCGAGCACUCCUUCCUGGACAACAGCCGCUGCCCCGACUGGGUGCGGCAGAGCCGCGUCACCUUCAUCAGCAGCGCGACUGUCACCAAGCCUGUUGAGAAGUGGGUGGUGCAGGAGGGCGGGCUGGUAGUGGUGGUGCCGGCCAACCUGACGCAGGGAGCCGUAAAGGAGCUGCUCAAGCCCUACACGCAGUACAAGAUCUGGCACCUGAAGGACCCCGAGCAGUUCUUUGGCGGAUUCGACGACAAGGAGCUGGAGAGGACCGUGGAGGCCCGCAUCAACCACCUGCGCCCGGUGAUGCCGCCCGACCCCAGCCCGCCGCCACCCGCCGGCGCCGGCAACGCCACAGCCCCCGCCAACGCCACCACGGCCGGCACGGGCACGGUAACUGCCGGGGCCGCCAUCACGGGUAACGGCACUGCAGGCACUGCGAACGCAACAGCCGGUGCUGCGGCGGCGGCGGCGACUGACAAGAACGCGGGCAUGCUGACUGCCGUGCACGAGUAAACUUGCACAUGGAAUAACCAGAUAUGCCGGAGGUGCAACACGGUAGCCGUGGAGUCCCGCAGCGCAAGGCACGGAGCGACGCAUAAGGCUGCGUGUGGAUCUCAGAAGGGCAAUUCAUGGACCAUUUUGUAACCGGCCCGUGCGUGCAGGUUUGUGUGGGCAAGUCACAAUAAGGGCGUGCAUGUGUAUGCCUAUGUGCCUGAGGAACUGUGCCUUGGGCCAAUGCGGCUGUGGGGCUAAGCGACUGUUGGGCUGACUGCUACGUAAUGUCGAGUGGGUUGGUGACCAGACGUAAUGCGAGCUGCAGCCUGCAGGCGAUGCUGUUGGAUGCGGUUUGGGGACUACUUCUUUGGACUUGUCGAAAGCUGUGAUUGUGACCAUGGGUGCGUGCGCCUACCGUACCUUGUAUUGCGGGCAGUGCUGUGGCGCUGCGUGGAACUGGAGACGAAUGGGACCGGUUUGCAUUCGUGCGCUGAGUGCCCCGGGCCUCCCGCGGUGUCGCAUGAACGUCAUAGUUCCGAUACAGCGGCUCUUCGACCGUGCUGCUUUGUGCUGUGAGCUUUGUGCAGCCAUGUAGGCAUGUGCAAUGCUGUAAAGCGGGAGAUUGUGGAGACUCUGGAGAGCCGCCCCGGCUCCAGGUCUGUACGGACUCAGUAAACCGGGUUCCACUGUGUAUUCACACGCCUGACGCACG